UCAUUUUCGAAUUAUUUUACAGACAAUGAGAGAGCAACAACUUUAUGCCAAGUUCUCUAAAUGUGAAUUUUGGCUUGAUAAAGUUACCUUCUUAGGACAUGUGGUUUCUAAAGAUGGUAUUCAAGUGGAUCCAAGAAAAGUAGAAGCAGUGCAAAAUUGGCCAAGACCGACAACUAUUACAGAAAUUCACAGUUUCUUAGGUCUUGCAGGAUAUUAUCGUCAUUUUGUCCAAGAUUUCUCUAAAAUAGCUGCUCCACUGAUAAGGUUGACUCAGAAGAAUGUCAAGUUUGAAUGGAAUGACAAGUGUGAAUACAGUUUUCAAAAGUUAAAGGAGUGUUUGACUUCGACACCAGUUUUGAGUUUACCCUCAGGCAAUGGAGGGUAUGCAGUUUAUUGCGAUGCUUCUCGUGUGGAUCUAGGAUGUGUUCUAAUGCAGCAUGGACGAGUUAUUGCUUCUGCUUCAAGGAAACUUAAGAAACACUAGCAAAACUACCCAACCCCUGACCUAGAGAUGGCAGCAGUUGUUUUUGCUCUAAAAAUUUGGCGCCACUAUCUUUAUGGUGAGACUUGUGAGAUUUAUACUGAUCAUAAGAUUCUAAAGUACAUUUUUGAAUAGAAGGAGCUUAAUCUAAGAUA